UCCAGCGGCGGAGCCGCGCCGGGAGCGGGUGCGCGGAGCCGCGCGGAGCCGUGCGGGGCGGAACCGAGCGGAGCCCAGCGGGGCACCCGCGCUGCCGGCGCCUCCCCGGUGCCCGCCGGGCCGGGCCGGGCCGGGCCGAGGCGGGCCGGGAGCAGGGCCAGAGGGAGGAUGACAUCGGGGCUCCUCUGAGCCAGCAGCGCCCAGGCAGAGCCAUGGAGUACGAGCUGCCCAACGCCACCGCCUUCUGGUUCUCCCCGGCCUCCCCCUUGGACAACUUCUCCCUGGAGGCGCCCGCCAACGCCUCCCAGAACGCCACGGGCCAGCACUUCGACCUGACCAGCAACGCCAUCCUCACCUUCAUCUACUUCGUGGUGUGCAUCGUGGGGCUGUGCGGCAACACGCUGGUCAUCUACGUCAUCCUGCGCUACGCCAAGAUGAAAACCAUCACCAACAUCUACAUCCUCAACCUGGCCAUCGCCGACGAGCUCUUCAUGCUGGGCCUGCCCUUCCUGGCCAUGCAGGUGGCCCUGGUGCACUGGCCCUUCGGCAAAGCCCUCUGCAGGAUCGUCAUGACCGUGGACGGCAUCAACCAGUUCACCAGCAUCUUCUGCCUGACGGUGAUGAGCGUCGACCGCUACCUGGCCGUGGUGCAUCCCAUCAAAUCCGCCAAGUGGAGGCGGCCCAGGACAGCCAAAAUGAUCAACGUGGCCGUCUGGGGCGUCUCCCUGCUGGUGAUCAUGCCCAUCAUGAUUUACGCCGGCGUGCAGCACAACCACGGCAGGAGUAGCUGCACCAUCAUCUGGCCGGGAGAGUCGGGCGCCUGGUACACGGGGUUCAUCAUCUACGCCUUCAUCCUGGGCUUCCUGGUGCCUCUCACCAUCAUCUGCCUUUGCUACCUGUUCAUCAUCAUCAAAGUCAAGUCCUCGGGCAUCAGGGUGGGCUCGUCCAAGAGGAAAAAGUCCGAGAAGAAAGUCACCAGGAUGGUGUCCAUCGUGGUGGCCGUCUUCAUCUUCUGCUGGCUCCCCUUCUACAUCUUCAACGUCUCCUCCGUGUCCGUCAUGAUCGUGCCCACGCCCGUCCUCAAGGGCAUGUUCGACUUCGUGGUGGUGCUGAGCUACGCCAACAGCUGUGCCAACCCCAUCCUCUACGCCUUCCUGUCCGACAACUUCAAGAAGAGCUUUCAGAACGUGCUGUGCCUGGUCAAGGUCAGCGGCAUGGACGAGGCCGACCGCAGCGACAGCAAGCAGGACAAGUCCCGCCUCAACGAGACCACGGAGACGCAGAGGACCCUGCUCAACGGCGACCUGCAGACGAGCAUCUGAGCGAGGGAUGGCGGGGUUUGUCCUGCCUGCGCCCCUCCCCGGCUGCUGCAGGGGGUGGCACCGGGGCUCAGGGCAGCGGUGCCACCUGAGGGGACGGCUGGCAGCGCCCCGUGGCAUCGGGGCUCCUCUGCUGGGCUCCUCUCUGCUGGGCUGCUCUCUGCUGGGCUGCAUUCCGAGUGCUGGGAAGGAUAUACGGGUCAGGAGGAGCCGCCUCGCCAGGAAAACAAAGACAACUCGCGGCCACACCAAAGUGCCACCAAAGUGGGCACACCGGGGUCCCCAGUGCCACGCUCGGGGCCGGCUGGCUUUGUGGCUCUGCCCCUGGACACAGCGUGGGACCUCAGGAGGAGCCGAGGCCACAGGUGUGUGACAGAGUGGGGACGCACCUGCUGGGAUCUCCCGAGGAGUGUCCCUCCCGAGGCCACCAGGAUCUUUGGGAUUGCGUUUUCCCAGGUUAAUCCUUGUUCUGCCGCAGCCCUCUGCCCGGAGGGGACACUCCAGCUCGGAGGGGACAUCCCCACGGGAAGCAGCCGUGCCCCUCUGACGCCGCCCUCUGCAGCCCAGCCCUUUCCCUGGCUGGUCCUGCCGCAGAUUUUCUGCUCGGAUGGAGAAUUUCCCCCUUUGCCCUCCCCGGUGGCCGCAGCCCCUCCUUCCCUCGCUCCCUCCGCCCGCCCCGGCCGGUCCCGGGUGCUCCGGGCACCGAGAGCGCUCCGCUCCCUGCUGGGAGAGCCCUGCAAGUGUUCGGGCGGCGGUGACACCCUGGAGGAGCCUGGCACGGGCACCUGGCACUGCCAGCGGCUCCUGCACCCGGCUCACAGCGGGGUUUGCCCGGCCUCGGCUCCGAGGAUCUCCGGGCUGACGCCUCCCUGCUCCUUCCAGGCAAGUCACGCCGGAGGCAGAGGGGAUGGAGAGGAUGGGGACGGGCAGGGUGGGCUGGGGACGCGCUCCCCACCCUUGUCCGAGCCGAAGGGAGCGGGCGGAGCAGGCAACGGGGCUGCCAGCGGCCGGGGAUGGUGAAAG